GUGAGUCACUUCUCCCGAUCUCUAAACCCGUGGUCACUCCAGCCGAUUAUUUGAUGGCGCGUCUCCUGAAACAUACUCGCCCUCCACCCCGGAGAAAAGAACGUGGUCCAGUCGAGUAUGAAGUAAUUACGAAGGCGGUCGACCCCGAAACUGGUACCGAUCAGCUUCAUGUGGAAAAGGUUACACACAUUUCUCAGGAGCAACCGGACAUUAUACCAGUGAGUCAGCGACGAAAGUAUUGGAAGCAACAUCGUGAGAAACUGCGGGAGCAGAUGCGCCAACGAAGACUCCAGUUGUACGAAGAACGUAUGCAGGAAGCUAGAGCCAUGGCUGGCAAAAACAUGCUGACCACUGCAAACGAAGAAAAACUUUCUGAUGACGAUGAGGAAUGGGUGGAAAGCGAGGACGCGGAAAGCUCGUCGGCUUCAACCUUAUCUUCGUCUUCUAGUGAGGCCACCGAUGUAGAUGAUGAUGAAGACGAAGCUGAUGAGGACGCUGAAGAUGAAGACAGCAUUGUUGGUCCGUCGAGUCGCCGCCAUCCUUGUGUUUUUGCUGACGAUGAAGCGGAAGAAAGCGAGGAUGGUGCUGACGGACAUGAAUCAUAUUCAGAAUCGGAUAAUACGGCUGAUGAAGACUUUUCGAAAGAACCACAUUCCAAACGUCCUGCUGAUAGUCUUACGAAACGUCCAACCAGCCCUAAUCGUUCGAACACAUCUCGCUUUGAGAAAUUUCUGGCGUUGGACGAUUACACAGACUUGCCAGCUGAAGAAAUUGCGCCUUCUUUUGAUUCGUCCCAUCGAUUCUACGUGGACAGUGCUCUCCGUAAUCAAGGUAGUCUUGGACCGGGGGAUGUCGAUUUGUUUACAUCUGAAUACUCAACCAUCCUAGAUCGGACCACUCACAUACCGUCGAUGCUUGCUUCUACGCGAUUGGAGAAAUCGACCAUCCACGAUCCUCAAGGAGUGACGUCGUCUAGAACGUCGCGGGAGUCCUCGGUCCACAGUCAAUGGAACGACACACCGUAUGAAUUGCUAUACUCUCAGAGAGCACCGAGUCAAAAGUCCUCCUUUUCGGACAAACUGACUGCGUCUGUCUUGCAAGGGUCAACAAACAACCUAGAUGAAUCCGCAAGAAACCCGGCCUCUCAGGAUACCGUCAUUUUAUCUCAAGUGUCAUGGAACGCCGAAGCUGAGCCGAGGACGCAAGAGUCAUCUAAUGUAGUCAACAGUACACAAGAUUCUCAGACUGAACAUGCGAACCGACGUACUCUGUUCAGCGAUCCGUCUCAACCAUGGGUUGCGCCUGAACCGGUUUGCUUGCGGUCUUGUGAAGCUUCCCAAGAGUCCCAAAAGGACCAUGCCGCUCGCCUCCAGCUUUUUGCAGGAUCGUUCGAGUUGGAAAACCAGUCUUCUACGGAAUCACUGGUUCGAUCCUCGCUCCAGAAUGGAUCUCAAAACGAGCAUGAUAUUCACAUGCGACUUUCCGCAGACUCCUUUUGUGCCCCAACAGAUGGUAGCAGCUCGCAAAGGAAGGCGCUUGUGUCUGAAUCCCAGUCUACCGACCCACAUCCACAAGAACAUCAUUCGGAAAACCAAAUGACUCCGGAGAGUUUUGUCCAAAGGUCCCGUUCAGAUGCAGAUGGCGUUGAGCCGUGCGAGGCUGUCACUGUGAUCCUUUCCUGCGCUCCUGAGCAAGAGUCCCAAAAGGAACAUGAUGCCCGCUUUGAGUUAUUUGCAGGUUCUUUUGCCGUGGAUGGCUCAGCUCCCGUUGAAGGCAUCGAAGAGGCUAUAUCUCUGGAGAUCCCUAAGACUGAUUCCCAGCGGGACCACGAUGCCCGAUUUAAGCUAUUCGCAGGCUCAUUUGUGGUUGAUCACUCAGCUGCUGUUGACGAUACCGAGCAGGUGGUCGGAUCUCAAGAAUUUGCCGAAGAUGACCUCUCUACGGGCCCACCUGAGGUUAUCGCGGGUAAUACGGAAGAUUCACCAUUUAAGAAGAAAUUAGCCGAGAAAGAAGAUACAAAACCAGUACGCAGACAUAGACUAUUCAUCCAAGAUGAUGAGGAAGAGGAGUAUAGCUCUGUGUGUUCCAUAAAAUCGAAUAAAAGCUCUGAAGAUGCUUCCCCAGGGCCGAAAUCAACAUCACGAGCGAUGAACCAAGAGGACAAGAAAAUAGAUAGAGGUGAAUCGGACAGUGAUUCGGAUGAGAAGGGGACCUUGGAUGACGAAACCGAGUCAAUCGACAGUGAGGAAGCGAAGGAACUCUCAGAUGAUGGGAAUGAAUAUGUUUCGGACGAGGAAGAGGCCCUAGUCAAACAGCUGAAAAGUGGCUCUCCACUUCCACAGAGAAAGAAAAGGUUCCGAGUGGAUACUUUUCUUGACGAAGAAGCUGAGUUGUCCGGAGAUGAAAAUGAACGUGCAUAUUACAUGGAUGAUGAAGAUGACGAUGAUGUUGAAGGCGGUUCGGAUGAGAUGGAGUUUGAAGAUGAUGCGAAUUUGCCAUCUGCCGGUCGUCUACGCCGACAGGUAGAACGAGUUCAUCAGCGACUACAGGCCGACCAGGACCAGCGAGAAUUGCGCUUUCUUAAGGAAUUGUACUUCGAAGAUGGCGAUCUGUAUGCUGAAACCGGCCAGGUCAGGCAGCGACGCUUCCGGUGGCGUGGAUUGGAUGCUCAGGACCCAUUGAUAGACCAGCUCGAUACCGAGGCUGCUGAUUACUCUGAUGAAGACGAAGACCAAGACAGACCUCCUUUUGGGCCAAUGGAUCGUUGGCUUGCAGGAGGAUUGCACCGUAAACCCGUCAGCACGGAUAAAGUGGAUCUGGAUUCCAUUUCUCCGACCAAGCAGCAAGCUGAACAACGUUCAAGUGAUGCUGAUGAUGCGGCUUCUCAUGAUGAGAACGACGAUCCAUCGAUAACACCGACGCGGUCCGAAUCCCAGCUUCAGUCUCUUGGACGCCAGGCUUUAAUAAAAGCGAAAUCACGUAAACAAACUCUUCUUGCCCCAACCAACACGAGACCUCCUGUUUUUUCUACAACCGGUGUUUCAGUCAAGUCUAAGUGCGUUGUAAACUCCCAGUCUACCCUCAUCAAUGCUUUUCAAGUAAAGAAACCACCCGAAUCCCGUGCACCUCAGUAUCACAACUCGCCUUCUGCUAUCGCGCCCCGUUCGAACACUACUUCUGACCCUGUGAACGGAGAAUUGUAUUCUGGGAGUAGCAGCAAGCUUCGAAAGCGGGGCUCUCUGUUGAGUCGUGUUUUCACCGUUCCUCGUUCGGAUAUCGGACGCUUUGUAUCGGAAGAUUCACAAUCAGAAUUGAUCGUAAAACUCAACGACAAUUCCUCAUCCUGUUCGGCCAAUUUCUCCAGCCAACCAAAUCUCCAUCGUAGUCAGGCCCAUUUUCUUGGACUCCGAAAUAAGAUUGGUCUUUCUUGCUUCAACGUGCUCAGCCAAACCGGGACAAAUGCAACCGAUUCGUCUUCGCAAGAGAGCGGACUAAAGAGGUCACAAGCGACAUCUUCCUCGCGCCCAGCCGAAGUCGAGAAAAGGACUUCUGUGGGCUCACACAACCCUCCAAAGUUAAAGCGACCACGAUCGGUGAGCGUAUUCUCAGCCCUUCACUGAUGAAUUCAUUCUCACUCGGAAGACCUUAUUUUUGUAAACAGAUUCACAACUUCGUCAUUCGUUU